GCCGGAGGAGAGGAGGAUGAAAACAGCUAUGAUGCAUUAAGGCCCCGCCUCCCCCCAGGAAUAUUUAAAUCACUGUUUCCACCAGUUGUGCAUUUCACUCAGUGUGCUUGGAUCUGCCCCAGCACACCCAGCACAGUAUAUCAUCGUAAACGGGAAAGCCUGCUCAACAUCCAAAUACAUGCAUACCAGGCCAAGACUCAUCUGACCCCACCACCACUCAGCUCCGGGCUGGAAAAAAAAAAAAGAAGAAAAGGAGGAAUACAAGGAAGAAACAGAUAAGAAGUAACAGAUUACAGCAGAAGCAGAGCAGUAGAAGAAGUCUCAGUGCUGGCUGGUGAAAAUGAUCCUGUGGGUCCCCUUGCUGAUGUUUCCUUGCUGGUCAGGUCUGAGUGGAGCUGCAGGAGAAAGCACAGGACUGGAGAGGAUAGAAAAAUGCGGCACCAGGUGUUCUCAGGGCCUUAAAUGCAAGACCAAGCCAGACAAUUGGUUUCCUCUUCCGUGUCAGAGCCCCGCUGAAGAUCUCAAACCCUCCUCCGUGUUCCGCAACAUCAGCCUCUCCACAGUCAUGAGCUGCGAGGGGAGGCAGAAGUGCUCGCUGCACCUCAGAAUCAAAGCUGCAUUACAGCUAACUGAGUCCAUCCAUGGUGUGUCCAUCUGCACCGCCUCCGCAGGGAUGAUGUCCAACUGCCAAAUCUUCAGCUUCUCAAGAGCAUCGAGAGAAAGAAUGUCUGGACUGCAGGUGGAAGUUGAGAAUGAUUGCACUGACAUUUCUCUGAGCCAACAUGUGCAAGUGACAGUGAAAACCGUGCCAAGCUACUGCGGCGUCACUUGGACAGGCACCUAUGACGCUCCAGCGUGCAUUAGUGAAGAUCUGCGAAGACAUGUCCCAGAAUGCAUCACGGGGAGGCUAUCAUAUGAUGUACACCCAGAGAGGAAGGAGCUGAAUGUUAGUGUGUCAGAAAUGCUGGAAGAUCAUGACUACCACCUCCGUCUAUGCCGUAAGGAUUUCAUCUGCGUUGGCACUGGAGCCUAUACUCUGAUAAAGAAGGCGGAACCCGUAAAGAGUGUUACUUUCUCGUACUCGCGACCUUUGCCCUGCCUCUGCAUCGAGGGGUGGUCAGCUGUGAUGGAUGCCCGCAGAGUCCAAACCUGCCCCUUCAAAGAUCGUCUGGAGGAGCUGUGGUUUGGAAUUAACUUUGACCCUCUGGAGGAGACACUUUCAUGGGAGCCCGACUGUCCGGUGACUGCUGUGGUUGCGUUGUGUCAGAAAAGAGAGGACGGCGCCUGUGUGGAUCUGCCUCAUGCCUCACAAAACGUGAGCAGAGAAAAGAUAACAUUUACCAGAGUGGAUCCACAACCUCAACUGUGCAUGAAGUUCACUGCAGGUUUCCAAUCCUGGACCAGGUGUCCUUUUGCUGAUUACAGAUUCCAAGUGUGGGAGCUGGCUGUGACGAGACAACAAGGUCAAGAUGAUGUGAAGAUGUUGUCCCAGAUCACUGCAACGUUUUCUGUGGAGCUUUGUGUGAAGUCUGACCGGUCUACCAUGUGCCAGAUCAACGAAACACACACCAUGCAUGUGGAAAAACAUAAAGCUGCUGGUUUAAACCUGACAGGGGAACUAUGCAACUCUUGUGUCCAGGUGAAGAGGCUCGAUGUGAAAUAUGCUGUCACAGUCAUUCACUGUUUUGAACAAUGCCAUCAAUCAUUGCCCGUCAGACCUGUCAUCUCCAGCCAAGCCUCGUUUGACUUGACCUUGGUCAUUGUACCAGCUGGUGUUUGCCUCGCUGGCAUCAUAAUAAUCACUCUGGUGCUCCAUGUACUGUUAACUGUGUAUCAGAGGAGGAAACAAACAAGAAAUGGAGGCUGUAUCUCCGAAAAGCAAAAAGAUCCUGCUUUUGACUGUGUGGCUCCUGUAUUACAAACUCCACCUGCUCUCCACGGAGGGGUCCUCAUACCGGAUUCUCCUCAGUGUGGGAACACUGAGAGGGUCACCUUAAUCUCCGACUGACAAAAUGACGGUGAUCCUGUCAAAAGCAUUAUUUGUAAUGUGCAUUAUAAAACUGUCAAGUUGUUACACAUACCUAGUGAGUUCUCUGUUGAAUGCAGGGUACAAUGUUGGGAUGGAUAUUUCAAAUGUUAUGUAUGUUACUGUAUAUUGUUGGUUAGUAUGCUUGUUAUUGGCUGCUGUUUAUGUAUUCUGUUUGGGUAAAAGUUACCAUAUUU